UCAUGUUGGUAGUUCGUAGUAUAGGUACCUACUUUAGUUAACUUAGUAUCGCUUGUCAGGGACUAGAGUCCUUGGUAAUUUUAACGAAAAGUAAUUACGGUUUAAGAAUUUAUUUCUCAGAAAAAGAAUAAAUUAUAAAAAUUUGAGAAAACAAGAUUAACAUAGUUAAAUAUUAUAUAUAAAACACACGGGCGGUACACAAAAAUAAAGUACAACAAAUUAAACUCCUAAUUGUAAUUAUCGCUAAAACCCGUUAUUAAAAAGUUAAAAUGCCUAAAAAAUCGUCAGGAAAUUCGUUUUACUUCUACAUGUUGGACUUUAAAGAAGAACAAAGUAAAAAAGGCGUAGUAUAUAGAAAUAUGGCCGAAGUUGCUGAAGCGGCAGGUCCCUCCUGGCGGGAUGCACCUCCAAAUGUAAGAUUGAAGUUCGAAAAUAUGGCAAAGAAAGAAAAACUCAAAGCCAAUAUUCCUGCUACGAAGUUUACCUCAACUGGUAUACCUUUGCCUUAUAUAAAACAGGCUCAAAAGGAACUUCGGGAAGCAGAAGAAUUUGAACGCAAAGACAUUAUAAGUUUGAUCAACUUGAGGGCAUUUAAUAACAGUAUUAAAACAAUGGACAUAUACUUGAUGGAUGUGAAUUGUUACUGCUCGGUGGGAAAUGAUUAUAUCAUUGGUGAAUCCACAUUGCUGCGCUUCAAUAUUCAAGAUGGCAUCAAGGAUACUUAUCAUGAGAUUAUAAAUCCUGGAGAUAUUCCACUUGGAUAUACUUCUGAGGUGAAAUUUGGUAGCCAGACAUACGGUCUCGAAAUGCCAGAUGAUUCAGUGCCACGCAGUAACUACAUGCAGAUCUUGGCCAACGUCAUUGAUUAUUUGAAGCAGGAAGAUCACACGGCUAAACUCUUGCCACCAAUAUUCACUAUGCCCAAUAAAGUGGAGCCAGUCAAGAAUUUUAUACAUCAAAUGUGUAGACAAGCAGCUGAAGAUGAGACUCUGUUCCGCAUAUAUAAGUUGGAUUUGUUAUUCUUUACAAUGUUAAACGUGCUCAAGACUCAACCAGACGAAGGUUUUCCGAAAGAGUCCCUAGCACUACUCCAACUGAAAAAGGAUUCCUUUAAAUACACACCUGGGAUUGGCUGCGAGCACCACGAGCGCUGCGACAUGUCGGUGGAGUGCAGCCAGUCGCGCGUGAAGCGCUGGGCCUACACCGUGCUGGACAGCUGCUGCGUGGCCGCCGGGGUGGCCGUGCGUCCCGCCGCGCACGCGCCGCCCGACCUCGACCUCGAAAGCAUCCAUGUUUACAAGGAACAGAAGAGAGUUAGGCAAGUGCCAUCUGUAGCUGGAUAUUCGCAAGCAACGUCAUCGUGCAAUACUUCUAUAGCAAGCGAUUCUUUCUGUGACACAACAAUGAACAGCUCCAUGGACAGUACAAAGAAGAAAAACAGGGUCCACGUGCCGUUGCGUAUGCCCAAAGCAGAUUAUUCUCAAGCUAUUCGAGUUGCACCCGAGCUCACAGAAGCCGAGUUUCCCAGUCUCGGGCAAAGACCUGGACGAGGUCGAGGCUUGGGUGCAAGUUUUAGCAAACUGAAACUUGACAAGUAAAUCGCUUAAAAUUAUAUAAAAUUAAUUAUUAUUGUUUAAGGAAUUAACUACAGGGUGCUUAAUGUUAAACGUUAACUAUUAUUUCUGACACUUGUAGUGGAAUCUAUGAGGAUAUUUUUAUAGCUUCUUAUAUAGUUAUGUAAUUCGACUUACUCUCGUUCCUAUAUUGUCUAUGAUAUAUUUCAAUGAGUAUUACGUGUAAACAAAACCCGUUAAUCAGUGUUAAUGAUCUCAAAAUUUAUGACAGCAAAUUCGUAAAAUUCAAUUUGCACUAAUUCAUCAUACUCUAUGAUAUGUAUAUAUAUAUUUCAUACAGAAUAUUAUCUGUGUAGAUUCAAUUUGACUAGACCUAAUAAUGAUAUUAAAAAUUAAAAAAAUAAAUAGAACAAAAAUACAUAUUACAAUAAAAAAUUGUACUAUCGAUUGGUUACAAUGUCACAUGUAGUUGUACUUUUAAAAUUAACUUCGAUGUUCAUUUAAAAGACAUUUCUAUUUAAGUUUAGCAUUUAUCUUGUUAUUAGGUCGCUAUCAAGCUUAAGUUAUUAGGUAUGUGUAUUAGUAAUGUGUGUAGUAUAUAUGUAUUUAAAAUUUUAACGCUCUGAUAAUGUUCUGUGAUGUUAAAAUGUAAAUUUGUAUUUUUUGUGGUAAAAUUUAAUUUUUUAGUAGAUUUAUUCAUAGUAAAGUGACACAGCUGAAAUUAUUUCGGUAAGGCUAACACGAUUUCACAAAUUUUAUAUAGUGUUAUUGAGAUCUAAAAUGGCUGGAUUUAUAAAUUUGUGAAAUGACAAAAAAUAUGUUUAAUAGUGACAAUAAUCUGUUCACGUAUGAAUGAUGAUUUUCAUAUAAGAACCUCUAGAAACAUGAAUAUAAUAGGAAUCUCAAAAUAUUUUUAAGUUCCUGACCAACAAAACAGAACUUAAAUAAUGCUGUUUUAUAUUUUUUAUUGUAUUAAGUAUAUUUGUAAAACAUAAUUGACCCUGAAUUAACAUGUAAUAUCUGAUAUAAUGCUGCUAUGGACUCUUGAAAAAAGGAAAUUAAAAUUCUUGAGUUUUAUGAUAAAUUAAAGUGAAUAUAAGUAGC